AUGCCCCAAAAAGAAUACCACAAUCAAGCCACGUGGGAGUCUGGCGUAGCCUCAAUGAUGCAGAACAAGGUGUAUGACAUCUGUGAUGAAGGUCACAGUGGCGUAAACCAGCUUGGUGGUGUGUUUGUUAAUGGUAGACCGCUGCCGGAUUCCACCAGGCAGAAAAUAGUUGAACUUGCUCACAGUGGUGCUCGACCCUGCGACAUCUCCAGGAUACUGCAGACCCAUGAUGAAGUCCAAGUGCUGGACAGUGAAAAGGUAUCCAACGGCUGUGUGAGCAAGAUCUUGGGCAGAUAUUAUGAAACGGGCUCCAUAAGACCGAGAGCGAUAGGCGGCAGCAAGCCCAGGGUCGCCACUCCAGAGGUGGUCGCGAAAAUCGCGCAGUACAAGCGGGAGUGUCCGUCUAUCUUCGCGUGGGAGAUCCGUGACAGACUUCUGUCGGAGGGGAUCUGCACCAACGACAAUAUACCCAGUGUAAGUGUAUUGACUGUGUCAUCGAUAAACAGAGUCCUUCGCAACCUGGCUAGUGAAAAGCAACAGAUGGGCGCAGAUGGCAUGUAUGACAAGCUGAGAAUGCUCAACGGUCAGACAGGAACUUGGGGGACCCGGCCCGGCUGGUACCCCGGAACAUCAGUGCCAGGGCAGCCCAACCAAGAUGGUUGCCAGCAACAAGACGGUGCAGGAGAAAACACAAACUCAAUCAGCUCAAACGGCGAGGACUCAGAGGAGACACAGAUGCGGCUGCAGCUAAAGAGAAAGCUGCAGAGAAAUCGCACGUCCUUCACACAGGAGCAAAUUGAAGCACUGGAAAAAGAAUUUGAAAGAACCCAUUAUCCAGAUGUGUUUGCACGAGAGAGACUAGCAGCAAAAAUCGACCUGCCCGAAGCAAGAAUACAAGUAUGGUUCUCAAACAGAAGAGCAAAGUGGAGGCGAGAGGAGAAGCUGCGGAACCAGCGCCGGCAGGCCAACAACUCCUCCAGUCACAUUCCCAUCAGCAGCAGCUUCAGCACCAGUGUCUACCAGGCCAUCCCACAGCCCACCACACCGGUGUCUUUCACCUCGGGGUCAAUGCUGGGUAGACCUGACUCAGCACUCACAAACACCUACAGUGCGCUGCCCCCCAUGCCCAGCUUCACCAUGGCAAACAAUCUACCUAUGCAACCCAGCCAGACCUCCUCUUAUUCCUGCAUGCUGCCUACCAGUCCGCCUGUGAACGGGCGGAGCUACGACACAUACACGCCCCCUCAUAUGCAGGCACAUAUGAACAGCCAAUCAAUGACCACUUCUGGUACCACCUCAACAGGACUCAUCUCUCCUGGAGUGUCUGUCCCUGUCCAAGUCCCAGGGAGCGAGCCUGACAUGUCUCAGUAUUGGUCAAGACUACAGUAG